CGCUUCUCGGUGCUGCUCUUCAACUGCCUCCUCACCUUCGGCUCCUACUUCUGCUUCGACAUCCCGGGCGUGCUGCAGGACCAGUUCCAAGGGAAUUUGACCUGCCCCAAUGGAACCCAUCACAACAGCACUGGACAAAACAGCACGUUGGAUUGCGUCGAGGGCCUAGGAAUGACACCUGCACAGUACAACUUGCUCUAUGCCAUCUACGCUUGGACAAAUGCAGUAGUGGUGAUUCUGGCUGGAUUCCUGAUCGAUAAACUGGGAAAUCGCUUUGGUGUCUUUGUUUUCUCCCUUCUCACUGUGCUGGGAUCAUCGAUCUUUGCGCUGGGCUCUCAUUUCAAGGGGUCACCAUAUCUCCUGCCAUUGAUGCUGACAGGGAGACUGCUCUUUGGCUCUGGAAAUGGAUCGCUUACUAUUGUGCAGAAUCGUAUCACAGCCUUCUGGUUCAAAGGGAAGGAGCUGGCACUGGCCUUUGGACUGACCCUCUCCUUCUCCCGUCUUGGAAGUGUCCUCAACUUCUUCUUCACCCAGCAGUUUGAGACACGCUUUGGAAUACAGUGGACGCUCUGGGGCGGUACCCUGCUCUGUGUGCUUGGCUUCCUUUCAGCCAUUGCAGUCAGUGUGCUAGAUAAAGUGGGCAUGAAGCAGCUUGGCUUGGAUGGGGUCAUCCAGCAAGAAUCCAAGAAAGUGCGCAUCCAGGACGUCCGUCGCCUUCCCCUCCGCUACUGGCUCCUGGUCCUCACCAUCAUGUUCUUCUACAACGGGGUCUUCCCCUUCGUGGCGGAUGCCAGCAAGUUUAUCCAGGAUAAAUAUUCUGGCUACAGUCAACAGGCAGCCGCUUAUAUCGCUGGGGCAGUGUACGACAGCUCCCUUGUUCUCUCUGCAGCAGUUGGCAUAUUAAUUGACUAUGUUGGACUGAGAGGCAUCUUUGCUGUUGGCUGUGCUGUGCUUACUCUGCCAGUCUUUGCUCUCCUGGCGUUCACAUUCGUCCCCCCACUAGUGGCUACCAUCUGGUUGGGGGUUACUUACUCUUUUGCUGCUGCCAGUAUGUGGCCAUCCAUACCACUUGUGGUGCCCCAAGCAACACUAGGGACUGCAAUGGGACUUGCAACUUCCGUGCAGAUGGUUGGAGUUGGCCUUUCCAACCUCAUUGUUGGACACAUUCUAGGGACGAAGUCCAGUGAAUUAAAGAUCCCACUGUGGCGCUGGCAGCAGAUGAUGAUCUUUAUGUUGGCCAACACUAUUGCAUGUAUUGUUGCUUCCGUUAGCCUCAAUGUGGUGGACAAGAAGCAGGGCGGGACGCUGAACCGGACACGGAAGGGAGCACCCGUGGAGCAGGAGGAGAGGCAGGGAGCAGAUACGGCACCGCUCCUUGAGGAUGACACCAGGAACGAAGGCUCCAGCGGAUGA